CAGAGAUGGUGGACUUUUAGCCAGUCUAUUUUUUGUGCGUCCUCUUAUCAAGAAAACUUUUAAGUUUUAACUUGAAUUAUGUUUUUCUCUGUGACUUUCCUGAUUCUGUACAGCUUCACGGAAUCUAAAUCAGAGCAAUUACAAGUGGUUGGUCCAGAAGCUCCUCUUGUUGCUGUAGUUGGUGAAGAUCUGGUUCUGCCCUGUUUUAUUAAACCCAACACCAGCGCAGUGGACAUGACAGUGGAGUGGUUGAGAGUGGAGAGAGGGGUUUUAUUAGUGCAUAGUUAUAAGGAUCAUGAAGACAUAAAUGAAAAUCAAGCUCAGUCAUACAGAGGAAGAACAUCACUGUUUAAAGAGCAGCUGCAGAAAGGCAACACUUCACUCAAACUCUCAGCUCUCAGAGUCUCUGAUGAAGGAGAAUAUAAGUGUCUUGUUGAGGACAAAUCCUGGUAUGAUGAUGUCACUGUUCAUGUAACUGUUGAGGUUCAGGGAAGCCACCCGGUGAUCACGAUGGAGAGUUUUGAUAACUCAGGAGGGAUUAAUCUAGUGUGUGAGUCCAGAGGCUGGAACCCUGAACCUGAUGUUCUGUGGCUGGACAGAGAAGGAGUCACUCUGACUGCUGAAGAUACACAGAUACACAGAGACACUGAGGGCUUUAACGUGAAAAGCCGCAUCACUGUUUAUGAUUAUAGCGACCUUGACAAGUUUUACUGUAGACUUCAACAAAAACAUCAUAUGAUGGAGACAGAAAUUAUCAUUGAUAGUAAAGUCUUUCAUGCUUGGAAGUGGAUUGUCGGUAUUUCUGUUUCAGCAUUUCUAUUUGUUGUUGGAUUGAUAUUAACUGCUGUUAUCUGCCACAAGAAAGAACAAAAGAAGAAGAACUCUGCAGAGUUUACAGAGAAGAAGAAGUUUGUAGUGGAUGUGACUCUGGAUCCUGAUUCAGCUCAUCCUCAAUUCAUCCUGUCUGAAGAUGGAAAAAAAGUGACACAUGUAAACACACCACAGGAUCUCCCCGAUUCACCACAAAGGUUUAAUUGUACCUGUGUUGUGGGACAGCAGAGUUUCUCUACAGGGAGAUUUUAUUAUGAGGUGCAGGUGAAAGGGAAAACUGCCUGGACAUUAGGGGUGAUCAGAGGGAACAUUGACAGGAAGAAGGGGAUAAAAGAUGGAUUAUGGCUUUUGGAAAUGAGGAAAGAGAAUAAGUACAGGGCUUUUCCUGGUCCCGCUGUCCCCCUCACACUGAGAGAGAAGCUGGAGGUUGUGGGGGUGUUUGUGGAUUAUGAGGAGGGUCUGGUCUCCUUUUAUGAUGUGAAGUCCAGGUCUCGUAUCUACUCUUUCACUGGUCAGUCGUUCACCGCGAAUGUCUAUCCAUACUUCAGUCCUUGUAAUAAUAGAAAAGGUAAAAAUUUAGCACCACUGAUCAUCAUUGCUGUUAAUGAAUAAAUAUCUGUUUUGUAUUCUAUAAUAUUUAAGAAAAUGUUAUACUUACUUUUUCAACAGAUAUAGUGAUCAAUUACAUUUAAAGAAUACAAUAUGUGUACAAUAUGAUUUCAGACUAUACAACUCAACUAAAUCCUAUAAGUUUUAAAGUGUUUAAAUGAACAUUAAUAAUAUGAUCAUCAUCUGAGUAGUUAAAUUCAGAUUAAAUUUUUCAUUUCUAGAAAUUCUAUUAAAACACAUGGAUCUUAGUCCAGUUACUGAUCUACACUUAAGAUAAAAUAAACACUUAUUCAGUGUUUGUGUGCUGUUUAUCUGAUAUCUGAUCAGAAACAACACAAAACAGUUCUUAUAAUAUGCUUUAAAUAUUUUUUUAGAAUUUAUAAAGGUGAAUAAAAUAUAUUACUGACUGCUUGUGUAGGUUUGUGAUUAAUAUUAACUUAUUUUGUUUGGCUUGUUUGUCAGAUGAAGUUUUAAAGAGUUGCUGACUAGACUUUUACUAGAUUUAUUAAAUGUGGUGUAAUCGUCUCAGUUAAUAUUUUGUUGAUCUGAACAAUCAAACUCAUUGAAUAAAUUUUAUCAAAAUA